GCUCGCUUUGAGCCCCCCCGGGCUGCUGCAGCAAGAUCGGAGGGCAGGCGUUUCAUGGGCGAAGGAAGAGCAGGCGACCGAGGCACGGGUGGAGUUCUGGUGCCAGGUGCCCCUCCGCUGAGCCUCAGGGUUCCCGCCAAGUGACGCUCACCCUGACCAAACACCGCCAUGCUGGGCUUGAAGCUUCCUCGUCUGCUCACCAUCAGCCAAGUCCCCAAAGUCUUCCGAGAGCAGAGCAUCCUUUUCGGGUACCGUCCCCCGAGGAGUUCUGCAGCACACUGCCUCUUCAGUGUCUUCCAAAUGACAAACGAGACGCUGAACAUCUGGACACAUUUUCUGCCUGCCUGGUACUUCCUGUGGAAAUUCCUGGCCGCCUUUGAUGCUCUGGAUGCCUGGAGUGACCGCCAUGCCUGGCCCUUCCUCUCCUACCUGGCCACCUGUGUCCUUUAUCCGCUGGCAUCCAGCUUCGCCCACACCUUCAGCACCAUGUCUGUCCGCACCAGGCAUGUGUGCUUUUUCCUUGAUUAUGGAGCCCUCACUCUGUACAGUCUAGGCUCUGCAGUCGCUUACUCCGCCUACAUUUUCCCAGAAGAAUGGGCUGGCAGCGCGUUCCACCAGAGCUACGUCUCCUUUGCUGUGCUUAACACGAUUAUCAGCACCACCCUUUCCUGCUACUCCAGGUUCACUGAAAUGGGGCAGCUGAAGUUCAGCAAAGCCAUUCGCACGUUUGCCUUUGCGUAUCCUUAUGUGUAUAACAGCGUGCCCCUCUACUACCGGCUGUACCUGUGCACGGUCAGAGGCUGCUCGGAGAAGGCCAUCUCAAUGCACUACAUGCACACUGCCUUCGCCUGGCUCACCUGCUUCCUUUUUGUAACCCACCUGCCCGAGCGGCUGGCACCUGGACGAUUUGACUUUAUCGGACAUAGCCAUCAGCUCUUCCACAUCUGCGGGAUCAUCGGGACACGCUUUCAGAUGGAAGCGCUUCUGGUGGACAUGACUGAGCGGCGCGAGCAGCUGCUGCCUUACAUGCCCGCACCUAACUUUUCUCAAACCAUCGGACCAGUUCUGGCUUCCACUGUGGUCAGCCUCAUCAUCAUCGCUGCUUUCUCAAUGACCCUCUAUACUAUGCCAAAAUUCUCCAGGAGAGGAAGCAAACGGAAGAGGAAAUAGCACUCGUUAUUUAAAAACAAGAUCUAUACUACUGUUAACCGAAGAGUUGUAUUCAUCCUCUUCUGAACGGCAGGGAUUUUUUUAUUAUGAACUACAUUUUGUAUUGUAGCAUUUCUAUCAUGUGAGAUGGAAGCUAUGCAGCUUUUGGGAUGUGACUUUUAAAUUAUUAGCUAUCCGAUUGUUGCCAAUUGCAGCACCCCAAAACACCCCAAAAGUAAUUGGUCAGAGA